AUGCCGGUUAGGCUCCAACCGUCGGAGAAAGAGCGGAAAGAAGACCAGGAGGAACUGUCCUGGAAGGCACGCCUGGCGACCGCUAGAGAAAGGGUGAUCAGGGGAGCCUUCAAACCGGAGCUGAGCCGUAGCAAGUUCACGCCGUGGCCGGACAAGCGGCAGCAGCGCGCCCUGAGACGAAGCAAAUGGCCUGACCUGCUCAUCCGAAAUCAACAUCUCAGGGUGUGUUUCAAAACUCAGUUGUAUUUUCAGAGAUAUUGCUUUAUUAAUCCCCAGAGGGUCGUCUAA